UCACCACACAUUAAACUCCCUCUCUUUGGUGCUUAGGCAUUGCUUCCUUGUUUUCUCUCAGAUUUUGCUCCUAAUACCAUUUUCUUUGUAUAUACAUGACUAAGGACAUGGCGGAGCCGGGGUCAUUUUCGACCAAGGACUACCACGAUCCGCCGCCGGCGCCGCUCAUCGACGCGGUGGAGCUGACCAAGUGGUCGUUUUACAGAGCUGUCAUAGCUGAGUUCAUAGCCACCCUUCUUUUCCUUUACAUUACUGUGCUGACUGUGAUUGGGUACAAGAGUGAGACCGCCGACCCCAAGGCUGACCCUUGCGGCGGCGUGGGCAUUCUCGGAAUUGCUUGGGCCUUCGGCGGCAUGAUCUUCAUCCUCGUUUACUGCACCGCCGGUAUCUCCGGGGGGCAUAUUAAUCCGGCGGUGACAUUUGGGCUGUUCCUAGCUCGGAAAGUGUCGCUAAUAAGAGCGGUGAUGUACAUGGUGGCGCAGUGUUUGGGGGCCAUAUGCGGCGUUGGGCUGGUGAAAGCCUUCCAGAAGGCGUACUACACUAGGUACGGCGGCGGAGCAAAUCAGUUGGCCGUUGGGUACAGCAAAGGCGUGGGGCUGUCGGCGGAGAUCAUCGGAACUUUUGUUCUUGUGUACACCGUUUUCUCCGCCACUGAUCCCAAGAGGAGUGCCAGAGAUUCUCAUGUCCCCGUUUUGGCACCUCUCCCAAUUGGAUUUGCGGUGUUCAUGGUUCACCUUGCCACUAUUCCGAUCACCGGCACCGGAAUCAACCCAGCCAGGAGCCUUGGAGCGGCUGUUAUCUACAACAAGGACGAAGCUUGGCGUAACCAUUGGAUCUUCUGGGUAGGGCCAUUCAUUGGAGCUGCCAUUGCAGCUUUCUACCACCAGUUCAUCCUGAGGGCAGGAGCGGCUAAGGCUCUGGGCUCAUUCAGGAGCGGUUCUCAAGUCUGAUGAGGAGGAGGAAGGAGAGAUCCUGAGAGAUUCAUUAUUAUGUUUGUGUUUUUUUUUUUUCUAAUUAAAAAUGAUGGAAUAAUUUGUGUUGUAUGGUGGUUGAGGGGGUCGCAGUGAUUCUGUGUGCGUUGAUCACGCGCAGAAGUGGGCACUGUGAGUGUGAGCCAUGUGAGUGUAGAUAGAUAGGGAGUGCGUUUUUAUAAAGGGAAAGCUUUUUGUGCCCCUUUCGUCCUCUAGCACUUGACUUUGAAUCUACAUUUUAUUUUUAUGUUA